CUUCGAAUCACGAGAUCCCUCCCCUGUGGUUUGGCCAAAAUCGUCGUUUCCAGUGUUUACAGUCGAUGCAUCAGCGUCGUUGCUUCUGCAUAGUGAUAUGUCAGCAUCAUCUGUGACGAAGUCUUUAGACAGCUUGUAAGAGGUGAAAAAAACUCGCGUCGUCUCAUAGAACAGAUUCGCUGCAGUGCAGUUUACGCUCUAGAUUCACGUAUCCACUAUUUGUAGCCGAUGACUCUGGAUUCUCCUUUCAUGACCCCUGGGAUGGCUUUUCAUCCUCCAAUGUAUCAUUACAACCUGCCACCCACCGACUACCCGUCGGCCCCUUUGAUGGACUAUCGGACAAAUUCUUUUUUGACGCCACCUUCUUACCCCUUUUAUGGCUCCUUGCUGUACCAGCACUGUCUGCCGAAGGAGUAUGCUACAGGAGGGUACUGUCUACCCACGGAAGUAGAGGAAGACGACGGGGUGACAGAUGACCCGGAGGUCAGCUUGGAGUCGAAGGACCUAUGGACGAGGUUCCAUGCUCUGGGAACAGAGAUGGUCAUCACUAAGUCGGGGAGGCGCAUGUUUCCUGCCUUCAAAGUUCGCGUCAGUGGCUUAGACAAAAAGGCUAAAUACAUCCUUCUUAUGGAUAUUGUGGCUACAGACGAUUGUCGUUAUAAAUUUCACAAUAACAGAUGGGUGGUGGCUGGCAAGGCAGACCCAGAAAUGCCCAAGAGGAUGUAUAUACAUCCUGAUUCCCCUUCCACUGGUGAACAGUGGAUGCAGAAAGUAGUCUCCUUUCACAAGCUCAAGAUCACAAAUAACAUAUCCAACAAACACAGCCAUACUAUUUUAAAUUCCAUGCACAAAUACCAACCGAGAUUUCAUGUUGUCCGAGCAGAUGACAUCUCGAAGCUACCUUAUAAAAAGUUCCGGACUUUCACUUUUGAAGAAACUCAUUUCAUUGCAGUUACAGCUUAUCAAAAUCAAAAGAUUACAAAAUUAAAGAUUGACAACAAUCCAUUUGCAAAAGGUUUCAGAGAAUCCGGAGGAUCCAAACGGCUAAAAAGGAAAUCAGUAGACGAAUUUUUCUUCGAGUCAGACGAGGACAAACCUGCCGAAGACAAGACCACUUCACAGAGCGAGAAAGACAGUUCGGAAACCCCCACGGACCGACUGGAAGCACCACCUGCUGCGUUGGAAAAGGUCAGCAAACACUCCGAAGAAACAAAAGAAAGAGAUUCGGUGCACUCCCCUCUCGUUUACGAAGCAGAAAGACUCGCGGCUCUCAGGUGCAACAGUAGCUUUUUAGAGCGAUGUCUCGGCGAUCAACAAGUGCGCGACAGUCAAGAACUGAAACGUUCGAACUUUGAUCCUUUUCAAAAUGCUUAUGCGGCGGCAUGCUAUAGAGGACAAUAUGACUAUCUGAGAAUGCUCGAACAAGAAUCCCUAAAAUCUUCUGUGGAAAUACCGUAUUCCAUGCCGCCAACAAUACACAGUCCAGAACUAAGCAGCUCUCCCAUGUUUAUUAGCAGCGCAAGAAUGCCAAUUAAGCCUAGUCCUGUGAUUGGAAUGCCGCCAACUACAUAUCCUUUUCUGAAUUCUCCACCAGAUACAUCUGCCUUAAUACACACGGAAGAAUACAGACGUGCUCUGCUAACUUCAACAUUAGCGCAGCAUAGGUAUUUCCCCUAUUUUUGUCGAUGAUUUUAGCAAAUGUAUUUGUUAGAAAGAAAUACAUCGUCCAAUUCUGUACCGCUGAUACCGGAAAAAUGCAGGAUCUUUCAGAGGAAUAUGGUCAUACUGUUCAACCAAAUUGCUUCAUGUCCUUUUACACUAGAUACAUCUGCUUUAAUACACACAGAGGAACAUAAAUUUGUCUGUUGUCCUCAACAUAAAUGCAGCAUCUGUUGGUGAUCUUAGCGAGUGGAUUUGUUAAAGAGGAAUUCGAAAUCCAAUUCUGUACCACUGAUACAGGGAAAAUGCAGGAUCUCCUAGAGAAGUAUGGCCAUUUAAUAUAGGAUUACUUCUCCAGCAUUAGUUGCCCCCUCCCUCCUGUAAAAUAUGUGAAUAAAAUUCAAAUAUAUUGAUUCUAAUAUUUUUAUAUCGAUUUCUUAAAUUAAAGUUAUUACUAAUUUAAUAACUUCAAUUUAAUAAAAUAAUUGGAAUCUGAAGUUUAUUUCAUAUCGGCAAUGAAUUAGAAGGCUCAAUACUGACAAACAAAUUGCUAUUUAUGAAAAAAAAAAAAAAAAAAAAGCUUUUUAGCAUUAAAAGUAUGACAUAUGCUUAUUUCUCCAUUUAUUAAAAUCGCUGAUGAUUUCAUAUGUACUUGUAAACACUAUUUUAAAGCGAUUCUCCCCGUCCUCAUUCAAUUAGUGAGGUUGUAUACAAUAAUUAAGGCAUUAUACGUAAAUAUGUUAAGUAAAUGGUGCGUGAGAAAAAGAAUUUUGUAUCCCUUUCGCGUCAUAACGGAUUUACAUAAUAUCAUAAUCUCAUGACAAACGGGAUUGUGCAUGUUAACAUGUACUAAGAAUAAGAUGUGAAGUAACAUUUUUUCCUGCCGCACAAUGAAAUCCAAAAUUGUCAUAUGAGCAUUGCACUUUAUUACAUGAAUAUGAAUCGAUUAGAAUGAGAAAUAGGGCUGUUAAAAAUCGAUUCUAUUUCUUACAACUAUUUAAAAACAACUAAUUAAUGAAAUGAUGGCAUUUUUUAUUUUGGAAAUUAUGAACUCAAAAACCACGAGAUUCUGAUUUAUAUACAUUAGAAUAAAACUGUCGAACGUCUUAAAAAAUAAAUUAUAUUUAAAAAGUAAAAACAAUUCUGAUUAAGAAAUUUAAAUCCGUCUUGCAUUCUAAUUUUUAAUUAUUAAUUAAAUACACAUUUGAAACAAUUUUCGGAAUUUCAUAUAAAAAUUAUUUUUUAGAAAAACGUUUUAUGUAUUUGAUAGAAUUUUAAUUUUAAAAUACAAGAAAUUCUAAUGUAUUUUUUUUCGAAAGCUUGUCGUAAUGUUAAUUGGUUAUGUAAAUUUAUUUUUUUAUGUAUAAUAGAAAUCCUUAUAGUAAAUUUUAAAAUAUUUUCUAAAUAAAGCAAUAAACCAGGAACAUUUCAAAGACAUCGAAACUCGGAAACAUCAUUUAAAGAGAAAGGCAUUCUUCUUAAUUUAUUAAUUAAACAUUUUAUUUACCAAAAAUAUUUUAAUCUUAUUUUAUUUGUAUAUAAAUAUACAUUCAGGAAAUAAAAUAUUAAAGCGAAAAUUUCAUAUUUUGAUAAUCUUUUAAAUAAAUUUAAAAAUUUCCUAUGCCUCAUACUUUAAGUCUGACCAAUCAUUGUUUUCACAUGUCAGUUGGAUAAUGUUUAUUAUAAAUCAUACAACAGCAAACAUUUUCACAAUGAUUUUAAGAAAUUAUAACAACCGUACAACUAUUUCUCGGAUUUCGAAGCACUAAAAAGAAUCCUUAAACUCGCUUAUGUAUAAUAAAGCAUCUCAUUACUUUUCGAAGAGCAAAGGGUUAAAAACCAUAGUGAAAUUUUUCUUUUUUUAAGGAAGUAGAUAUUUACAAGACAUCAAUAUUUCAAUUUAACACGUUUGCACACAGUUAACGUAUUUGUUCGAUUCAUCCCUUUGAAUAAUAGAUUAUCUUGUUUCAUUGCACAAGACAAUUUAAUUGUUGACCAUACCAUGUCAAUGCAUGAUGUGCCAUCAGUGGAAUCGUAUUUUGAGACCUUAUCACUAGACCAUUUCAGUUAUGACCAAUAUACGACCGAUUCUCAUGCUACAUUCUCCACCUUGAGUUCAAAACAAAUUCAGGGCAAAUUCUUGCUCUUAAAAGUUGGAACUAAAAAUUAUUUUGCUAAAACUUUUUCGCACAUAAAUGAUUUGUGAAAGCAAUUUCUCCAACUUAUGAAAUUGUAACUCACAUUAAGCAUUUCAAGUAGAAAAUGUUUUCAAAAGGAACAUAAAAAAUGGAAUUUCUAUAAUGCCAUGAUUGUUUUUCAUAUAUCUAAGUAUAUAUUAUGUUUAAUUAUAUUUGAUUUCUUAUGUAUUUGCAUAUACAACUUGAAGUUAUGCCUCCAAAGAG